GACUGUCCCAGUCGCACUCGGGUCCCUCCUCUCUUUUGUCUCUUUUCCUCUGCCACAUUCCGUUGCCGUUGCUCGCCGUCGCAGCGUCCCGACCCGCCUGUCUCUUCUUUCUCGCUCGAUCCUCUGUCUCGGUACCAUCGUCUUGCCCUCCCUCCGCUUUUCCCUACCACAAGCCCUCCAUGUCGUCAGACCACACAAAAUCCACCUUCACCGGCCAGAGAGCGAGAUGGGCCAUACGCCUGCUCCUCGUCGUCUUGACCUUGGGCGGCCUGGUCUUCUCACUGCGAGCCGUCGAACGCUCCGGCAGGCCCAAGCACCCGACACGUCCCAACUCAGCUGGCUUCGAACUCGAGUUCGAGUGGGUUAUGCGUCGGCCCAUCAUCUUCAUCGGCGACUCGGUCACGCGGUACCAGUAUCUGUCGCUGGCCUAUCGUCUGAGCCAUGGUCACUGGCAGUUCGAGGAGCCUGGCUUCAACAAAACGACCGAGAUCAUCGAUCGUGACUGGCACGACUGGGAGCGCUUCAUGCGCGGCACCAAUGCCCUCCUCAAAGGCAACGAGGUCUGUGAUUGCUACCGCAACGGAACCUGGGACUGGACCAAGACCGUCGAAUACAUCGAAAACCGGUACUUCAAGACGCCCCACUAUACCAUGACCUUUUUCCAGGCGUACGACGAUCGUCCGGGCGUCUGCCACACCAAGGGCCGGCUCUUCCCCGAGAAGGGGGCGCCGUACUUUGAUGCCCCGCUGGACUGGUGCUAUACCAUCCCUGCCCUACUCGACCACAUCGACAAGACCUACGGCCAGAGCAUCAUCGUCCUGAACUUGGGCAUCCACGGCUCCGACUAUGUCAAGUGGGCAACGGCCUUUGCCCGCCACUCGACCCGCAGCGGCUCGAUCCUGAUCUGGAAGCAAACAACGCCGUCCAGUGACGGUCGGAUGCCCGAGAGCAAGGACUUUGAGCUCUUCAACAUCUUCAAGUCCAGCAAGGUCGUUGUGAUGCCGACCUGGCGGAUGCUGACGGACCUCUACAACGCCGACAACAGCGCUGUCUUUUACGACCGGGUGCAUUUCCUGCCGCACAUCAACAAGCUCAUGAACCAGAAGCUGGCCGAAAUCGUCAAGCGCGAGUUGGGCAAGCGAGGGUUCUCAGGGGCCCGGUGAUCGACCGCCGAAGCGGUGUACUGGCGCCGAGUGUCUUCAAUUUCCAUGGUGAUCUAUCGCGGAGGGGAAGACGAUCCAAGAUGCGACGGCACAGGUCCCAUCGGUGGGCAUCCGAUGGCACAAGAUCUCGCUGGAGUUUGUUUGAUG